UCGCGGCGGCCUCGCGAGACAUCCCGCCGUCGCGCAUCAUGCGGCGCAAUAGCGAAGCGGAUUUUCCCAAUCCUAACCUGGAACUAGUCGCGAUUGUAGGUGCACCGCGUGUCGACGUGUGCGAUCGCGAUCUUGUGAUUUUCCUGAAAUUUCUGAAGACUAGGACGAUGCGUCCCAGCACGGGACAAAUGUUGCGAUAACCGGGCGAAGGAGGGACAGAAGAACGGGAAGAGGAAAAUUCUGACCGUCGUCUGAUUUUUGAGGGGAAAGAUGAGGAUACGCUUAGGAUUCUGCACGUGUAACAACCGUAUCGCCGGAGAAUGUGAUGCGUGCGAUCACGGUAAAGUGCAUCUGACAUGAAACUGUGAGUCUGGAAUGUAAACGGAUAGCAGCGUCGUGAUAACAUUAUUAUUGGUCAAAUUAUUGUCAUUCGAGAACAACAUUGAUUGUCAGAAAACGACUUUGGUCGCCUGAAAUAUGAGCGCCGAGGAGAGACUCGUCACUGAGGUGCCUAGUAGCUUGAAGAAACUGGCACGCCUUGUCGUACGUGGAUUCUACACGAUAGAGGAUGCUUUAAUCGUGGAUAUGUUGGUCAGAAAUCCAUGUAUGAAAGAGGAUGACAUAUGUGAAUUGCUCAAGUUUGAACGCAAGAUGUUGAGAGCCAGGAUAUCUACGCUACGAAAUGACAAAUUUAUUCAAGUGAGAUUGAAAAUGGAGACAGGGACGGAUGGCAAAGCACAAAAAGUCAACUAUUACUUUAUUAAUUAUAAAACGUUUGUAAAUGUAGUGAAGUAUAAACUUGAUUUAAUGAGAAAGAGAAUGGAAACCGAGGAGAGGGAUGCAACCAGUAGAGCUAGCUUUAAGUGUCCAAGUUGUUUAAAGACAUUUACUGAUCUCGAAGCGGAUCAACUUUUUGAUAUGAGAACGGGCGAGUUUAGAUGUACAUAUUGUCGGGAGAUAGUGGAAGAGGAUCAGUCUGCUCUUCCAAAGAAAGAUUCUAGAUUAUUAUUAGCAAAGUUCAAUGAACAGUUGGAGCCACUCUAUAUACUAUUAAGGGAAGUAGAAGGAAUCAAAUUGGCGCCUGAAAUAUUAGAACCAGAACCUAUUGACAUCAAUACUAUUCGAGGUAUCGACACGAGAAAACCGAGCAGUCUUAGAGCGCCUAACGAACAAUGGUCUGGUGAAGCUACCAGAAUGUCAGGCUUUAUGGUGGAGGACACUAGAGUGGACGUCACCAUCGGCGACGAAUCUCCCGAUGAUAGCGCAUCGAAUCACAGAAAGGAGAGACCCAUAUGGAUGAUGGAGAGCACAAUUAUCAAUUCCGAUGGUUCACAGCCUGACGGCGUGAAUGCGCAAGAUAGCAUCUUAGAUAAAGCCGCAGCCACUGCCACAAACACGACUACGACGAACAAUAAACAGGGCGAGGAUAUCAUGUCGGUAUUGUUGGCUCACGAAAAGAAGGGCGGCUCCAAUUCCGCGGCAUCUAUUAAAGCGGCGCUUCCACAAGACUCCAGCGACAGCAGCGAUGAGGAAGACAUGGAGAUGCAAGCGGUUGAUACUGGCGAGGUGGAAGCGAUGGAUUCCGAGGACGAUGAGCUGGUACCGACCGUUAGUGUUGGUGGAAAAACUAUCGCGAUUACUGAUGUUAAUGACACCGUGAUCGCGGAAAUGACGCCCAUAGAGAAGGAGUCUUAUAUUCAGACGUAUCAGGAGUAUUACUCGCAUAUGUACGACUAGAUGAAGAACAACGAGUCAUCUUCACAAUGCUCUGCAUAAGACUGAUAUUGAUUUGGUAUCGUUGUUCCCUGUAAUAUUUUGUAUAGCCGCAAAAUAUAUAUAAUUUUCGAUAAU